AUCGGGGUCGACCCAGGGAAGCUAAACGAACGCACCCAUAGAUAACCAUACUUUACAGAAUGUAUACGAGGUGUUAUUGGAACAUGUCAAUGUCGGAAUGCAGUCACCUUUUAUCAAUGUCCGUAAAUUAAUAUUGAAUAUGAGACACGUUUUGACCAGCCAGACUAACGAGCUCACAGUUUUGAUUCAACAUAAACUGAGACUAAAACCAUCCAUUUAACAUUGGUUUAUAUUUUGGUGUAUGCUUGGCCGUAAAAGGUGUAAGGAAUUAUUAGUCGAAAGGAGUGAAGAAGUUUUAAUAAAAUUAAAGUCCUAGUGUCACGCUGCGGUGUUUUUGUAUGGAUCGGUGACACGCAAUAAUGGCUGUUGGUAUAAUUGCGUAUUUAAUAUGCGAAGCAAAGUUUUGAGAAAAAAGGUUCUGAUGGGCUUAAAUUUCAAAUUUCCUGUCGAAGAGUAAAACGCGCAUGAGCACAAAGCUGUCAGCAGCAUAAAACGGAACUAGAGAAACUGAUAAAUAUCGUAGUUAACUGUCACAGUCUUUUAGUGCCCUCUUGGUGUCUGAUUUAGAAAGUUGUUCGAGCAUCCUGUCAUGAUGGCUCAAAGACGUAUGUUUGUGCAUUUACUGCUGCUUUGUGUGUGGUGUAUUGAUACAAAGUUCAAAGGUGCCAAUGCGCAGAAUGUCACCAUCUCAAAAGUACAACCAAUUGAUGAUCCCGCAGAGGGUGGCUCUGUGGACCUGCGGUGUAAUGCCACCAACCUGACACCAGGUGACUUCAUUGAAUGGUCAAGAUUAAACAUGAAUGCUGAAGUUAUUAUACGUCCAAGUUUUGCAACCACAAAGUACACUCAAUAUACAGAGACAUCUUCAGAACAAUCUUUGGUUCAGAGGUUCAAAAUUAACAUUUUGACAAGAAUUGACACGGGACUUUACUACUGCACGGUGAAGAAUUCUGACGGGACCGUAGAGGAAACAGCAAGUAUCUAUGUAACGGUGCGUUACCCACCAUCAGCCGAGUACCCCUUGUGCUAUCCUAAUGGUCCUUUAACUGUACAAGAAGGAACAACUCAACAAUUCAAUUGUAUAACUGAAAGAGCUCCGUUAGUAAGCAUGCUUAUACUCAAGAACGGUUUAGUUAUUCCCACAGAGUCAUUGUUGGGAAAUGCUACAACUUUUACAAAGUCCCACACCUUCACAUUUACUGGAGAUGACAAUGGUACAUCUGUUAAAUGUAAAAUCAUCUCUGUCCCGUAUUUCCAAAGAAAUUGCACAUUCGGACCAAUCACUGUGACAAUGCGAGAUCAAGAUUCUCAGCAACAACCAACCCUGGGAAAUAGCACCACCCCUCAAACCGAUGCAACAAGCGAGAGUUCGGACACAGGUUAUCCAAUGUGGACGGAAUCUACGACAGGCAGUAGUCGGCAAAUUAUAAACCAAACAACCCCUGAAGAAUCUGUAAACACAUCAACACCCAUUCAAGAAACUCCAACCCCAUCAGCACCCAGCAGCCGAACUUCAAACCCAUCAACGCCUACUAUACAAGAAACUGUAAACACAUCAACACCCAGUCAGCCGACCCCAACCCCAUCAACACCCAGCAGGCAGGAAACUUCAAAACCUCCAACCGCUAGUCAGGAAACUCCAAACCUACCAACAAUUGGUCUCCCGAUCGUACUUAAAGCACUAAUCGCAGGAGGCUUGAUCUCGUUACUGAUACUACUGAUAAUUGUAUUAUGUUGCUGUUAUUACAAGAAGAAGCAGAAACCCAGACAACCACAUAUCAACCUACCACUGUUUCAACCGACUACGGAUUUGGUUUUCGAGCCGCAAGGAAUUCACCAUAUCAUUCGUAAAGAGUCUACAAAUCUGGACAAAGAUGACAUGACUGAGAAGGAUGAUUCAUCAGAGGGAUUUUGUGCUGAUCAAAAACCCACACCUGAGUUCAUGUCACAAUUCAUGGUAUCACCUUCUCCAACUAAUGAGCCUGAGGGCAACCAAUCUAAGAGCAUCAAAAGCGGCACCAGUCCGUCUCCAGCCGAUGUUGAUAAGAACAUCAUCAAUACGUUCACAUCUCAGCCCGAACUGACUCCAGUAGACAAAGAUGAAUCUAAGGAAGCCCAUGGAGAGGUUCUCCGUCCAGAUGAGCCUCACAAGACAAAGCCUCCUACAGGUGAGAUUGUAUACUCUGAUGAGGUGUCAAUCCAACAGGGUGUACCUCAAGUCUCGUCUGCGUGUACUACGUACGCUGACCUUGAUCUAUCACCGUGUACAUCGGCCACAUUACCUUUGCCCAAAGAAGACCAAACGCUUUACGCUCAAAUGACCAAUCUUUAGAGACUCUUCUAUAAUUAAAAACUCGUUUAUUACAUUAAUACUAGUGUCGUUUCGGGGGUAAAGUUUGGGGCGAAACAGUAUACACAAACUUAUAACAUGAACAAUUACAAAGUUAUAAUUCUAGUGCAUCGCGGGGAAAAAAUCAGGCAAUUAAAUAUGCAAGCAAAAUCUUCGUGUUAUAUUAUUAUUGUUGGCCAUUUUCGCGGGUCAUGUAUUUAAUAUGCCUUUAAGUUUUUCUCUGCUGUAAACAUGUACACAUUGAACUUGUAGUAGAAAAAAUCUUCCGUGAGAGGAAAGUCACUUCAAAAUGUACUCAAAUUUAUUUCCUCGUAACAAUAUUAGUUAGUAAACAAUUAAUUGACAUGGAGUUAGAGGCCAUGGAGUGGGGUUGAUGGCCUCUCAGUCUGCUGUUGCCCCACUAAGGCCCAGCCCAGUCUUGCCAUUGGUACCCCUUUGAAAGUUUCUAAUAACUAUUUUCAAAUGGAAGUACAAGUGCCCUUUGCCUAUGCAAAAAUGAAAAUGGUUAAAAGAUCUCACCAGCAAGUCAUUGUGCAGUGAGUUUAAGACACUGGACACUAUUGGUAAUUGUCAAAGACCAGUCUUCUCACUUGCUGUAUCUCAACAUAAUGCAUAA